AUGGCCCCUAUUGACAUAGUCAUUAUCGGAGGCUCAGUUGCGGGCCUUCAUAUUGCUCACUCUGUACUUCGUGAUGUACCUGAUGCGAAGGUUGUGCUGAUCAACCCCUCAACCAGCUUCUUCUGGAAUAUUGCUGCCCCACGCAUCGUCGCCAAACCCAAGGCUUUCCGCCCCGAACAGUAUUUGCUCCCAAUCAGAGAUGCUUUUGCAGGCUACCGACCCGACGCGUUCGAGUUCCUUCCUGGAGUUGCAACUGCUAUCGAUACCGCUGCCAAGUCGGUCUCUGUGACGCCCAACAAGGGCGAGCCCAAGACUCUACCAUAUGAUUAUCUCGUGAUCGCAUCGGGCAGCACUACAUCUGCUACCACUGGCUCGCUCACCGGCACAUCCAUCCCAUUCAAGCAGUCGGGCCGCGAUGACAUGGAGCAGCUGAUCGAGGCGGCACAGGGACACAUUGCUAGUGCCAAGGAAAUUGUGAUCGGCGGUGCAGGCCCCAUCGGUGUUGAGCUGGCUGGUGAGCUUGCUGAAGCCGUGGAACAAAGUGGCAAGGCUGGCAAGGUCUCCAUCACGCUUAUCUCAGGGACAGAUCGCGUGCUACCGAUGCUCAAGUCAUCCGCCAGCUCUGCCGCACUCAAGAUACUGCAACAGAAGAAGGUCAAGGUCGUCACCUCGAAGCAAGUCAUUGGCGUCGAGACUCCGGCCGACGAUAGUUCCAACUGGACAGUCUCUCUGGAAGGCGGAGAUAAGCUUUCGGCUGACCUGUAUAUUCCCACUACCGGUGCGACCCCCAACAACAGCUUUAUUCCAGCUCAGUUCCUGGACAAGGACGGGUGGGUGACAGUGAAUAAGGAGAUGCGUGUUCAGUCAACUGACGGGUCAAUUCUGCCUAUCUUUGCUGCUGGCGAUAUCACCAAUAACUCCAUGCGUCUCGGUUUCAAGGCUACGGAGCAAGCGCAUGUGGCAGCGGCCAAUCUCAAAGCUGCCAUUGUAGGUGGUGCUGCCAUCAAGACCUACAACCAGGGCGAUAGCAUUAUGAUGGUCGUGCCUAUCGGUGAAGCUGGUGGUACUGGUCAGGUCUUUGGAUUUGUGCCGUUUAGCUUCAUGGUCAGGAUGAUCAAGGGCAAGCACUACUUCAUUGAAAAAGCUCCUAGCGCACUCGCUGGCAAGUCCUAG